AUGACCUCUGAACAAGUUACUGUUGGACAAGCUAUCCAAAAAUUAUCUGAAGCUAAUAAUAGCAACAAUGCACGGCUGGCUGACCUAGAAAAUAAAUUGGCAGAAAUACAUCUUAACAUAGUCGAACAACACAAGAAUGCAACCGAUAACCUAUCAAAUAAAAUUAUUAAUUUACAAGAGACGAUGACAAAUCAAAUUGAAUCGAUUCAAACAUGGGUAUACGAGCGGCAAGAUACAACUAUAUCAAAACUGCAAGAACAGCAACAACAAUGGAAUAAUUUGACAAACAAUGUUCGUAAUAUGCAAGCUGGCAUAAAAAAGAUUUGCGGAGCACUUGCAAUGAAUCAAACCAUAACAAAUUACAACAAUCAAGUUAUUGAAAAUAAAUCCGUUACAUCUCAUAUCAAUCAAAACUCAUCAACAAUCAAACGAAUUAUUUGA